AUGGCGCGCAGCAAGGACAGGAAAACACCAACGAUAAAUAGUCCUUACUGUAUCGCCAUCCUGGUGCUCACUACAGAGAGUGACUCUCUCAAACUAGUACACUAUCACCUUUCGACCACCCGCCCUUCAUUCGAUUUAAAGAGUCAACAAUAUUCCUGUGUAAAAGUACCGGAUAUUCUUACGGUUACGGCUCAGCAAGCUUUCACCUUCCACAAAAUAUUGGCGUCUCGAGAUACACGCUCUCAGAUCAAUUCAACCCCGAGACUGAGCAUUCUUAUUCCCCUCACCAUGGUUUUCUUUAUGCUUCUUCUCCUUCUUGGCUCCGCUGCUUGUGUAAGUGCACAAUUUUUUGAGACAAGAUGUGGCCCAAGGUAUCCGGGAGAUACCGAAUGCGGAAAAGUGAACAUUGUCCUAUUGUACGUAUUUACUCAAGUCUAUCGUACGAGUCUCUGAAAACUGAUCUGUGAUCUAGAGGGUUGCCCCCUUCUCACAAGCUAGCGGAAGGUAUUCCCGGUCUCGAUGCCUCAGCUAUAGACAAAGGUCUCAGAGACGAUGCCGCCGCUAUCAUGAAUGCUGGAUACAAUCUCCGAGGUAACUUUACCCCCGGUCUUCUGUACCAAGCUUAGAGCUAUCAACUAAUUCAUGUUUUUUCCUGUACAGUUAUUCUCAUAUCACCAGCGGAUAGCCGGUCCGAUUUUCAAGCUGCGUUCAGAGAUGGCACUUUCUAUCAGGGAAUAAUUAUUAGAUAUGAACUAAGACAAGGAAGGGACAGCUGGAUCUCCGAUAACUUGGGUGAUAUGAUUGACUUCGCUCGUGUAACUGCACCUGUUGCUCCAAUCAUGUGGGAUAACGGGCCUGGAACUGCUCUUCGCACUCUCCGAAGAUCGAUUUUUGUUGAUGAAUGCCCGGAUCAGCCAGGCAAGGAUCUUGUAAGUGCAUUUCCAAGCUGCAUCACACCUUACUAAGCUGACUGGUAUGAAUUAGGGAUACAUCGAAAUUUGUACAUUUGGUUGCAAUCUCCCUCCAGAACCCCCUCCACAAUCAACGAGCUCUCUCCCUCCACAAGUAACGAGCUCUUAG